GUGGAUAAAGAAAAAGGAGACCAAAACUAGUGGCCAAAUAAAAUUUCCCGAAAUUCAAUAAAUAUCAUCCCCCGGAUAAGUUGUUUGUGUUAUUGUACGUUUUCCAAAUUCAAGACAAGAAAAAACUUUUUUCUUUGAGACAAAAAAAACAUGGAUUUCUUCACCGAUCAAGUAAAGAAGAAAUUCUCGGACAAGAAACCGGAGAACUCUGAUCCGGAGCCAAACCACAACAAAAACAAACCCGGUCACACCGAUCCAACAACACAUAAACCAGUUUCCAACACUGAUCAAUCAACACAUAGGCCAGCUUCGAACGCCGAGCUCAUGGCUAGUGCCAAGAUCGUAGCCGAAGCAGCUCAAGCCGCUGCUCGUAACGAGUCAGACAAGCUUGACAAAGCUAAAGUCGCCGGAGCCACCGCUGAUAUCUUAGACGCCGCUUCUAGAUACGGUAAGCUCGAUGAAAAGAGCGGUGUUGGUCAGUACCUUGAAAAGGCUGAACAAUAUCUCCACAAGUACGAAACUUCCCACUCUCACUCCUCCACCGGUGGAAGCCACGGUAGCCAAGGCGGUGUUGGCAGCGGUGGAAGCCAUGGUGGUGUCAGCGGUGGAGCACCGGCGGCUAAGAAAGAAGAUGAGAAGAAGUCCGGAGGUGGCCAUGGGUUUGGAGAUUAUGCUAAGAUGGCUCAAGGUUUUAUGAAGUGAUUAAUGUUCUAAUUAUUAAAAAAUAAUUAUGUUAGUAAUUUAUCUUCUAGAAUUUAAGCUGUUGUUUUCUGAAUUAUUAACUGUUGGAUUUGUCAUUUGUGUAUGAUGGAGGAACAUUAUGAUGUUAAACAUCAUGUAUCAUGUUGACUACCUCUAUAAGUGGUUCUUUAGUUCUUACAAAAGUUAAAA